AUGGAGGACAUAGACUAUGAGACUCAGCUCGACUCUCAAGAUGUAAAAUUAGAAGAACCAGCCAAAGAUGUCUUCAUCGCUCCAUCAAUCGACGAAAAUGCAAUCUUUUCUGGGGCAUCAUACACACAUCACUCGCCCAUCCCAGAUGCGAUCGCCAACGAUAUUUCCGCUCCAUGUGUACUUGGCGUCGACGAAGCAGGUCGAGGCCCCGUCCUAGGCCCCAUGGUCUAUGGCGUGCUCUAUCUCCCUCUUCCGCAGCACGAGUCAAUCCUCAAAACCAAAUACCACUUCAUGGACUCCAAAGUCCUCACACCAGCAACUCGCUCCUCCCUCAUGGAAUCGCUUUGCACGAAAGACAAUGACCUCUACAGCAACUGUGGCUGGGCAACUCGAGUGAUUUCAGCUCGAGACAUCUCCUCCGGCAUGCUUCAACCAGCAGGUCGCGGAACCUACAAUCUGAAUGCCCAAGCCAUGGACGCAACCAUCGACCUCAUCAAAGAGACCUUUGCACGUGGUGUGAAUAUUCAAGAGAUCUAUAUUGAUACCAUUGGGAGUCCAAAAGUCUAUCAGACAAAGCUGGAACGUAUUUUUCCCACCACGAAAAUUACCGUUGCAAAGAAGGCGGACUCACUCUACCCGUGCGUUAGCGCGGCAAGUGUAGUCGCAAAGACGACAAGAGAUGCGGCGUUGAAAGUGUGCUACAAGUCUUAUGCUGGAGUGGACGGGCAGGUUGCAGAGGGAUGGGGGUCAGGCUACCCAAGUGAUGGGAAGUGCACAAGUUGGCUGAGGGAGAAUAUGGAUCCUGUGUUUGGGUGGGGCUCAGAGUGCCGAUUCAGCUGGGGUACGGCGAAGGAUAUGCUUGAAGCGAAGGGGAAGGGUGUGAAGAUUGACUGGCCUGAAGAGGAAGAUGCGGAGGGAAUGAAGGUGACGGAUUUCUUCUCGGCUUCUGGGCAGGAUGGCCAAGAAGAGGGCAGUGAGCUUGCCAAUUGGUUCGGACGGCCAGCUCCAGAAGCUGUGUUCUGA